AUGCAGCGCGUUGGUCCUGGAGGUCCUCAGUCGCAGAGCCAUAACUUUUCGUUAACCGCCCAAAUCGGAGCUGAAUUGCAGAGAGACCAGCCAAAUCUUCCAACAGGAUGGCAGAGGACUAUGGACAUACGCGAGCGCAGCGCGCGCAUCGUACACAUCAUUACUCAGCUACGCUUGAUUGCUACCAAUCCCCCAAUAGAUGCGGUCCAGGUCGCCCGAGCAUUUGAGAAGCAGACCAUCGAACAAUCACCGAGCAAGGAGACCUACCUGCUGAAAAUGGAGCAAAAAUCCAUAGAUAUCAAGCGUGCUCGCGAACAAAAGGCUUCCGGCAUGCAAGCCGAUGCUGCAGCCAUGAAUUCUUUGAACCCGAACAUGCAAAUCGGCACCGGCACUCAUUUGUCCAGCGGCACAAUGGGCCUCAAUCCAUCCUUCCUCGGGGGUGCUGGUGGACAAAGCAUGCAAGCGGGGCUUCCGUCGAAUCCUACGAAUCAAUUCAAUGCCUUCGCAGGACAGCUUGGAACGUCAAUGCAACCGACGCCGCCGUCGAUGCCCCAACAGAUGAAUAUGGCCAGUGCGAGCCAAACCCCCGUGAAUCCACUCAAUCUUCAGAUGCGACAGAAUGCCCUGCUACAGAACCAGCAGAUUGUGCAGAAAAUUCACAACGUUGCUCGCCAUUUAUACUCACAAUUUCCCGAGGACAAGAAACAGGCAUUUCGCGAUCGACAGAGGCAAAAUCUGGGCGAAGCCCAAUGGGCGCAGCUUGAGAGCAGCGGGAAGGAUGUCGUGAUGCAGCUUUGCAUAAACCGUGCUAAGGAUGCAGUUCUUGGACCAUUGCUUGGAGGACCCGACGGGACUUCUGUCUCUGCCGCUGGAAACCCCGUGCAGCACCCGCCAGGAAACAAUUUGGACAUGAACACCAUCGUCGGUCAGCAAGUCAACGCGAUGAAGAUGCAACAAAUAGGAGAACAAGUCGUGCCAGCAAGCAACAACAACAACAACAACAACAACAACAACAACAACACAAGUGGCAUCAAUCCCGCCAGUCGCGCAAACCUUGGGAAUCCCACAGCUGUUGGACAGAACCUCAACGCUCAAAUGCUUGCCAAUGGACUCAAUCAAGGGGGCGUUUCGGGCGUUGAUGGGUCGCUGAACAAUGCGCAGCAGUUUUUGAUCCGACAGCAGCAAGAAGCUCAAGUGCGAGAGCGUAUGAUUAACCAACACAAUAUGCGUCAAGCAAUGAUUAACCAGGCCAACAUUGCACAAGCUAAUGGCAAUCGCGGACAAACAGCCGCGCAGAUGCUCGGCAACUUCAGUGGAACAGCGCCCGGACAGACAAAUAAUCCAGCCAUGGCAAUGUUGACUCGUCCAAUGACGGGUCCAACUAGCCAAACAACACCAGGAACUCCUCAAGUCAACCGCCCACAGCCGACACCUUCGCCUAUGAAUACAAAUGGGCAAUUGUCGCUACAGCAAAUGAAUAUGAUGGCGCAGAAUGGACGGCAGCUUUCGCAACAACAGCAGCAACAGUUGCAAAAUCUUCAGCAGCAGAAGCAGCAGCAGCAGCAGCAGCAGCAGCAGCAGCAGCAGCAGCAGCAACAACAACAACAACAACAACAACAACAACAACAACAACAACAACAGCAGCAGCAUCCAAACGCAAAUCAGACGCAGACUCAGGCGCAAGCACAGAUACAGCUUCGGCAACAGCAGAUGGCUGCGGGCAACAACUUUGAUAUCAAUCCACUAGUCCGUGCGAGGCUAGGAAACUCGACUGAGGAACAGCGUCGCGCAUUCUUCGCAAAGCACCCGGACCUGGCUGCCAGGGCCGCCAACCAGGUUCCGCCACCUCGACCAACCAUGGCGCCAAAUACAAACAUGAACCUUGUUCAGAGCGCUACAGAAAACAAGCAGCAGCAGCAGCAGCAGCAGCAGCAGCUCCAGCUCCAGCUUCAGCAACAGCAACAGCAACAGCAGCAGCUUAUGAACAUGAUGUUCAACAAUGGGCCGGCAUUAGCGAACGCGAACGCCCAACAGAAGCAGCUCCAACAACAGCUUCAACAACAGCGUCAGCAGCAGCAACAGCAACAGCAGCAAUCGACGCAAUUCCAACAGGCACAACAGCAAGCACAGCAGCAUGCACAACAACAGAUCAAUCAGCAGGUACAACAACAAGCGCAACAACAAGCGCUGCAGCAACAGGUACAACAUUCGCAACAGCAGUCGCAGCAGCAACAAAUUCAAACGCAAGCGCAAUUGCCACAACAGCAGCAGCAGCUCACUCCGGCACAGAUGCAACAGAUGCAACGAAACCAGAUUAUCAAGAGGAUGGUCUACGACUCAUUACCCUUCCCGAAGGAGUACCUCAAUUUACUCAAGCUUUCUAACGUGCCAGGCAGCGCCGUUACGUGGAGCGACUUGAAGAGCCACAUCGUGCAGAACAAGGCUUCUCUGCCUGACCAGACCUACGAACGUUGUUGCGUGCUUCAACAGGAGAUCUAUGACAGGAAUCCGCCCCCGAAUAUGGAUGCCCUUGCCCGCAGCGUGAUAGAGCAAAACCGCCUGAGGAACUCAGCGCCACAGCAGCCAUCAAAGGCACAGCAACCGCCUCCAAGCAAUGCUGACCAACCUCUGCAGACCGUGCCGCCAGCUGCGCCGAUGCAAGCACCCUUGACAGUGCCGGCAACAUUACCGCCACAUAUCAUGCAAUUACUGCAGGCGACGCCGCAAGAAGUGCAGGCGUUUCGCAUGCAGAUGCCGCGCCCUUGUUCUGAGGAAUUGAUCCGCCAACAUAUCAUGCAAUCAAAGUACAAGAGGCUUUUAGAAUCUCGUCAGAAACCGAAGGUAUCAGCUGCGGGCUCCAAUGAGCCGGCAUCAAACAAUGUGCCUCGUAAUGGCGCGGAAGAUGGUUCGCAAGUGCAACAUCAACCUCUACCAACAGCUCUGUCUGUUUCUCAGCCUGGCCGCCUGCCCAACGAGGUGACGAAGCCCAAUGAGAUGCCCGGCGAAGAGAUCAACGGGCGACCUCCUGUGCAAAACGUCUCAGUGCCCUCUAUAUCGGCUGCGCAAUCGAGGGCGCACGCGCAAUUGCAAUCACUCAUGCGGAUCACGCCCCAGCAAAUUGCUUCCAUGACCCCCGAGCAGCAGAACAAACUCGCGAAGCAGAAGGAGAUCCUGUAUAAACAAAGCUUGACCAACAAUGCAAUUACUUCGGGUGCAAGUGGGGCUGCUCAAGCUGGGAUUCCGUCCAGUGUUGUCGCCCCAGCCCCCUACACAGUCCCACCACUCACACCUGCCGAGAGAGAGAAGAUCAGCCUUUUGUUUCGCGAAGUCCAAGCUGCGAACCCCAAAGGUCCAGCUAUAGUCGUCGACCAGUCUUAUCUCAAUAGAGCACAAGAAAUGCUUUCCAAGUGUGCUGACCCAUUGGACAGGAUGGAUUCCACAUACCCGGAAAUUUUGCGGACCCCCAACUUACCCAUCGAGAUCUUACGCAACCAAUUACGUGCCAAGUGGAUAGUAUCCUGCAAUCUGGACAACAACAAAAGUUUGAAAGAUUUGAGCGUCACCAUUGAGCAAAUACAGGAGAUCAUGCAACACGUCGGUGUUUACAUGAAUUUCUUCAAGGACAUCAGGAACAAGAACCAGGAGAUGCACGCUGCGAGAGCAACGCAAAUUGCGCAGGCACAACAGGCAACGUUGCAUCCACCCUCACUUCAACAACAGCCGACACAGCCGCCGUCAGCUCAACCGGGAACGCUUCAACCCGCAGCUGUAACAGCUGCGAGCCAUGCAACUGAUGUGGCGAGCGGAUUUGCGCAAACAUCGCAGCCGUCGCCCGUGAUGCUUGCAAUGAAAAAGUCGGCCUCUCAGCAAGCGAAUCAUACUCGUAAGACUUCUUCCACUGCCAAGCCUCCGCCGGCACCGACCGAGAAUCGUACGUUCGACUGGGGUACCGGCGCCGGCCUGCCCAAAUACGACAGCCGAAAUGAGCUCACCCCUGAUAAGCUCAAGUUUCCACCAAGUAAGAAGCGAAAGGCUGGUGCAGAUAGUGCUGCCUCAACGCCCACAGCUGCAGUAGGAACUCCGACAGCCACGGCUGCUAGUCCAGCCCAGGUUACACCUGGUGCUGCUGUCGUUCCAAUGGCUGUCAUGAACGCCAAAACCACUAGCCCCGAGCAAGCGAAGGGCGCCAAAGCGGCCUCGUCUGUGGUAGGACCAGCAGCAAUGUUGCCGUGGGUGGCCAAGAGUCGGGAAAAGAAGUUCCGCUGUUCUGAUCCUGCAUGUGUUGGCACGCACCUUGGCUUCGAUACCGAGGAUGAGUUGACGCAGCACGUCAAGAUACAGCACGAGCCUAUUGGUCUCCCGCUCGAUUUUCUGCUGGGAAACGCCGAGAACUUACUGACGAAGAGUUCAGUGACUACAGCAGUCGGGCACAAUGAUUCCGCCAGGUCCGAGAAACUUACUCUCGGCGAGGCAAUGGAACGCAGCCGUUCUCAAAGCCAUAGCAAGCAAGUCAGUGCGACCGCUACUGUGCCAAGCAACGAUCUAAAAGCAGCAGUUGCUUCGGUGAAGGGCGAAACGGCCAAGGACACCAUCGUUGAUGGUGCAUUAAGUAGACCUGUGACUAUGCGCGAUGCCAUGAAAGCGAAACUGAACCUCGACCCACGAACCGCACCUUCAACUCUGCCCGUGGCAUCGCCUUCACAGGUCUUGCCAGCCUCAGGAGCCUCGCAUUUCCCGGACUUCGACCUGCUUUCAACCAACACAGACGGCAUGGGUCUCUUCGACUGGGAUAUGCUCAACGCCGACGCUCCAGUGAUGCUAGAUGCGGCCAAUAAUACAGCGGCUGUGAGAGCGGACUCCACGGCCACGCCACUCUCGCGCACGACUUCUUCCGCCGCCUCGACAAUCGACUCAGAUGGCGUUCUCUUUACGCCUCCCAGUACUAGCGGUAACAACAGCGAUGUGGAGAUCACGCCGCACGACCAACUCACUUUGCAUGCUCGACUUCAAGGGUUCGUGGCGACACAGACCUGGUCUCCGUAUCCAGGUGCGGUUGCGGGCAUCCCGGUCGCCAUGGAGGACUUGCUCUUCAAUGGCGCAAUCUCCAGGGAUGUCGCUGCUGACCAGAGUGCUCCCGCCGGUGGUCUGUCCAUAGGCGGCGAAGAAUGGCUUUCGGAUGACAACUACUUUGAUCUGGACGCUGCCAAUGAAAGCGACCGUGAAGGCAUAUCACGAGGUCAAAAGAAGGCCAAGAGCGAUGAUGAGGAGGCACAGAAAGGUGCCGACAUUGACACUAAGCUUGAUAAUGCCAACGGCAAUGGAGAUCCUCCAAAAUCAUCGUUAAAGCCAUUGACUCUCACGGCAAACGACUUCGAGACGAUUCUGUUCGAUUGGGAUGGUACCAGUGGCAUUGCUGCUGCUGGCGGGAUGGAUGUCGAUGGUGGUGACGAUGAUACCCGUUCCGGUAUGGAAUGGGAGGCUUGGAUCAAAGGAUGA